UUUAAGGGACGGGUCUAGAAGUUCAGUUACACGUCUGCACCGUUGAAUCUACACCCUACUCAGGACAAUGCCACGCCGCAAAAGUCUCUUUGUGCCAUUUAUCUCCAGAGACGCAGACACUGGUGCGGAUUUGAAAGUGCAAGCGCAUCGUAUAGACGGUCCACAUGGAGCUCUUGUGCAGACCAGUUGGAUAGAAGAGAGGGCAGAGCGCAGGGGAAAGUGUGACCCGUGCGCUAUUGUGGAGCUCAGAUUGCCAGGGCUCAGAUACAUUGAGCAGGACCGGAGCACCAUCGAUAGAGCGCAAAGGCGUCGGCGUAUGGCUGCAAACUCCCGCGAGAGGAGGAGGAUGCUCGGGCUCAAUGUCGCAUUCGACCGCCUCAGGAGCGUCAUCCCCAACCUGGAGAGCGACAAGAAGCUGUCCAAGUCAGAGACUCUUCAGAUGGCGCAGAUAUACAUAUCGACGCUCAGCGAGUUGUUGCAGGACAGGCCCUGCGGCACGGAUUUCAGCACCACUGAACUUGAGAGCACCGAGCUAGUGCGUACGGCCCCAACUGGCAUGCCAACAGUGAACGAUACAGAAGACUCAACUGUUGCGCUACCUGGGCCAGGUGCAUACGAUACCGCAUGUAGAGACAGUGGGAACGUGAUGCGUGCGCCCUGCGAAGACCAGAAGGCAGAGCUUAGAGGGUUUAUGAACCUGUGGGAGAGAACUAGUGGCACAAAAUAACUGGUUUUAUUUGUUUGUUCUUCGUAAUUGUUUAUUUUCUUUUCAUAAAAAAACAUGUUGAUUCGUGUUUGAUACCCUAUGUAGAUUAUCUGGCUCAAGUAAAAACACAUUUUAACAAUUUGGCAUCUGACUUUUUCUCCCCCUCACAGUUCGGUCUACUUUUGCACGUCUGAAAGUUAUAGGGGCAGUUUAUGCUGCAUAAAAGAGCAAUAUAUUAUUCCAAAACAUAACACAAAAGUAUCAGACACAGAUGUACUGAAAGUAGCAAUUUUUAUUCAAGUUAAAAUUAUAUACAAGUAACCAAAGACAUUCUUGAAAUUGGUACAAAGAGCAUGUUCCUGCAUUUGG